AAGUAAGUGUGAUAUUUGUAGCUUAAUGUUAAUUGAGAACACGAUAUAUUUAACAUUUGGAAAUUAAAUUAGAAGUUUUUUCUAUGCUCUUUUGUUCCACUCAAAGGCAUUUUCGUAAUGAUAUGUUCAAAUGUCAGCUGUUCCGUCGACUAGUCCUACCGGUUGUUUCCAGCCGUAUAUGAGGCUUACUUCGCUGUGGGAGUGAGCCUUUUAGCCGCGGUGACUGAGCGCUCCGUCCGCAUCUCAGCUCACCUGCUCCGCGGAAAACCAGCAUAUAUCAUCACCAAGGCUUUUUUCACGUCCCCUGUAUGUAUUUUACAAAACCAGUGUCAGUAAUGUAUAUGCAGUGCCGUCGGACAGACUCACAGCAGGUGCGGUGAUUUUUACUAGGGAGGAUAUUUAAGGCAAACCAGGAUUCCCCGCAGGAGUUUCUGAGAAAAAACCGAAAAACUAGUCUCAAGAAUUUUGGACCAUCCCAGCCCCCUUACUGGAUGUUUUACACAGGGUGACUCUCAGUCACACCUCAAGAAAUGUGAUUGUCCUGGCCUGACUGCCACCAUCACAUAGAUUUGGCCAUUCAUCAUGCUUAACCCAGCUGCAGAGACAGUAGCAGCUUACUCCAGUGGGAGUGUGGGGGAUAAAGAUGCCAACCCAGAGACAACCUUGGGGAGUGCUUACUCUCCUGUGGACUACAUGAGCAUCACCAGCUUCCCCAGGCUGCCCGAGGAUGACAUGGCGUCCGGGGAGAACACCCUGAAGUCCCGCAAGGAUGAUGACAAUGUCCUGAGUGAACAAGACACAGAUCCAGAUCUGUUUCUGAGGUCUGCUCGGCUUCAGCGCCUCCCUUCCUCUGCAUCCGAUCUGGCCAGCCAUGAUAUUGCUUCCCUUCGUGAAACCAACACGGACCCUUUCAGUGAGGACUGCGCCUGUCAACGAGAUGGACUGACUGUCAUCAUCACGGCAUGUCUCACUUUUGCUACUGGGGUCACUGUAGCCCUCAUCAUGCAGAUCUACUUUGGUGACCCUCAGGUCUAUAACCAAGGAGCGGUGGUGACGGAUGUGGCCCGGUGUACGUCUCUUGGAUUUGAUGUUUUGGGGAAGCAGGGCUCUAGUGUUGAUGCUGCUGUCGCCGCCGCUCUCUGUUUAGGAAUUGUUCACCCUCACACGUCUGGCAUCGGAGGAGGGGGUGUAAUGUUGGUGCACAGCAUCCGUAAAAAUGAGACGAGAGUCAUUGACUUCAGAGAGACGGCGCCGUCUGCUAUUCAUGAGGACAUGUUGCAGACAAACCUAGAUAUUAAUACUGGCUUGCUGGUAGGAGUCCCUGGUAUGCUCAGUGGUUUGCAUCAGGCACACCAGCUCUAUGGCAGGAUGUCAUGGAAGGAUGUUGUUGCAAUGGCAGCAGAUGUUGCUCGAAGUGGAUUCAAUGUCACUCAUGACUUCGCUAAAGCUCUCUCAAAGGUUAAGAACGAAAGCCUGUCGGAAGCGUUUCAGAAACUGUUUCUUCCCAACGGGAACCUUCCCCCCCCGGGGCUGUUUAUCCAACGGCAUGAUUUGGCAGACAUUCUGGAAGCUGUUGCGGUUAAAGGGAUAUCAGAGUUCUACAGUGGGAAGACGGCACAGGAAAUGGUGACUGAAGUGCAAAAAAAAGGUGGUGUACUCACAGAGGAGGACUUAGGAAACUAUAGCACAGUGCUGCAAGAACCAGCAGAGGUCACCUAUCAAGGACAUCAUGUGAUGGCGUCAUCAGCCCCACAUGCAGGGGUGGCUUUGAUCGCUGCACUUAAUAUUCUUGAAGGCUACAACAUUACCAACAAAAUGCCCAGGAACAGUACUGUACAUUGGAUCGCAGAGGCAGUAAAAAUAUCUCUGGGCCUGGCUAGUGGGCUUGGCGACCCGAUGUAUGACAGCUCUAUGACAGAAACUGUUGCUAAGAUGCUGAGUAAAUCUCAGGCUUCCAUACUUCGCCAGCUGAUCAGCGACUCUGAAGCAAAUCCCGUCAGUCAUUACACUUCUGCGUUUACUUUAGAGAAAGGAGCAGCUGCUGCUCAGGUCAUGGUCAUGGGUCCAGAUGACCACAUAGUGUCAAUCAUGAGCUCUCUCAACAAACCAUUUGGCAGUGGUAUAGUGACUCCAUCAGGAAUCCUGUUAAAUAGCCAGAUCCUGGACUUCUCUUGGCCCAAUAAAACACUGAGUUCAUCACCUAACCCACAUAACAACCUCCAGCCUGGAAAAAGGCCCAUGUCCUUCCUCAUGCCCACUGCAGUGAGGCCAGCAGUGGGGCUGUGUGGCACGUAUGUAGCUGUUGGAUCUUCUAAUGGGGAGAAGGCUCUCAGCGGUAUCACGCAGGUGCUGAUGAAUGUUCUCUCGUCACGUAAAAACAUGAAUGACAGCUUAGCUUAUGGGAGACUCCACCCACAGCUGCAGCCAGACACCCUCCUGGUGGACGAUGAGUUUCCAGAGGACGAAGUGGAGCUGCUGCUGGUCAAGGGCCAUAAAGUAGAGAAGAUGGGUGUGCUUUCACUAGUUGAGGCCACUCGAAGAACUAAUGACCUCAUUAUUGGUGUUAAAGAUCCCCGUAGUACAGAUGCCUCUGCCCUUUCUCUGUCCAGUGUUCCUUAGUGUACCCCUCACCCUUGCAGAGGGUGUUAACUCCAUAAAAUACACCAAAUGUUCACUCUCAGUUCUUUUUACACUAAGUUACUAGUCCAGAAGAACUUCAUGCUGCUUUUUUUGAGGUGAACUAAUGAGAACCUGAAACGGCUGACUGUAGAUUUGUUCAGAAUUAACACUAUUAACUUGCACUAUUUAGCAUAGCGUGGGAAGUGGAUGUUUUUGCACAGUCUAAAACUGUUCAUUCCUUCCAUUCACGACUUUAUAGUUUGCUUCUUGUGUUUUACAAAGCCAGGAACACAAGUGUAACGCUCGUUGAUAAAUUUAUGUAAUUUAGUCCACCCCUUUUUUUUUAAAAAAGAGAAUAGUUUUAAGAGCUGAAAUAAUUGCCGUUUUAAAAGCUAUGGUUAAUGUUGCCACUAACAACAAUACACAAACAAUAAUGAACUUCUUAAUGGGGUUUUUGAGAAUGUUGCUUAGUUAGUGGUGCAAAAUUCAGAGUUUAAUUACUGAUCAUCAUCAACAACCUUUAUUUCACCAGGCAAACAUUCAGAACAAUUUAUUAUUUACAAUGUUGGCCUGAUAAAGACUCAGUUUCUUUACAGGAGACUUUUGAAGGAAGGAAAACAGUCAAAGAAGAACCCAGAAAUCAUCACUUGCAGCAAAUUUUCAUAGUGCAUUGGGAUUAAGUCGCCUUCUCGAUUGUCAAAGUCUCCAUUGCAUUUCACUGCUGCUUUAUGAAACAUGUAAUGUAGAUAUAUUUUUAGAUUAUUUGCAGCAGUAAUUGGCCAGUGCUCCUGUCCUGUAUACCUGAAUGUGACUGUCUAGCUCUGUACUCUUUCACACUCCUGCUUUUAAAUGAAGAGUAACUUUGUUUUGAUGUGUUGGAGCAGCUGCUAAAGCUUUUAAUGUUGUAAUCAGACAAUGCCACCUUGUUCGAUUUUUAGAAACAAGUUCUGUAAAGUAGAAAGCUGUCAAACCUCUUGCAUUUUAAUAACUUUCAAUGUAAUAUAAUGAUUCUAAUGAAGUUUAGUUUUAUUAUUAUUAUUAGGUUGUUAUAUGGCUUUGUUCUCACAUUUUUUUGUGAUUCAAGUUUUGUUUAGAAUCAAAUUUUGUAUUUUUAUAUGAAAUUAUUUGCUUAUAUUUACUUCUGCAAAAGUAUUCAGUACACAUCUUAGGCAAAUAAAUGUUGUGUAUUUUUUGUGAAUAGCUACUUAAUUUGUAAAUUUGUUUUUUUGUUGUUGUUGUUAAUCAAUCUUGCCAGUCCCACAUGAACUGAAUGGAAGUACAUUUUUAUUCUGUUUCUUGUUAAAUAUCAGUGCAAUAUCACUGUUGAUGCUUUUUGUGCUAUCUUGUGUAAUAUGCCUUAAGGCACACUUUUGCACAUGUUUGAUUCUAUUGUGUAUUUAUGGUUUCAAUCAACUUCUGCUCAAAUCCAAAAAAUAAAACGUUUAAACAUUUAA